AUGAAGUCCUAUACCUAUCUGAAAACCUUCGCCGAAGUGGCCCGUCGCGGCAGCUUUAUCGCCGCGGCCAGUGCUCUUGAUCUGCCGCGCUCCACCGUCAGCCAGCAUGUUCAAAAGCUGGAGGCCGAACUGGGCACCCGCCUGAUCAAGCGUAGCACCCGGGCCCUGUCCCUAACGGCCGCAGGUCAGCGCCUGUUUGCCGACAGCGACGCUUCGCUUGCCACCCUGGAGCGCGCCCUGCGUCAGGCCGAGGCUGGAACGGACCUGCUUCACGGCAAGAUCACGCUGUCAGCGCCCGCUGAUUUUGACCCGUCUGCAAUUUCGAGCGCGAUGAAAGCCUUUCGACAAAGCCAUCCCGGCAUCGAGUUUGACAUCCGCCUGUCCAACGACGCGGUGAACCUGAUUGAGGACGGUGUCGACAUCGCCCUUGGCAUCACCGGCCGCAGCGAUGGCGGCCGGGUGGAGAAGCAGGUUCUGGCCGUCGACUGGUGCCUGUGUGCCAGUCCUGAAUUCCUGGCCACCGUAGGUCAUCCGGCACUGAUCAUCCGCUCGUCUUCGGACAGCUGA